UAUCGGCAAAAGAAAAAAGCUAACCAAAUAUGUCGAACAGUAAAGACCUUGAUGAUCUCAAUGAAGAGGAUAUUGAUGAGGAUGAACUCCUUGCUAUGCUUUCACCGGAGGAGCUCAAGGAACUCCAGAGUGAAAUGGAUGUUAUUAUCGCCCCAGAUGAAAGGGUACCGGUGGGGCAGAGACAAAAGGACCAGACGGAGAAGGCCCCCACGGGGACGUUCGACCACAGAUCCCUUGUUGGUUACCUCUACUGGGAGAAAGAGUCCAACCGUAUGCUUGAGGAAGAAAGAGUGCCUACCACUCUGCUGUCCAGUGAGAAAGCUUUGAGGGAGGAAACUGAAAAGAAAGACGAAGAAGAAGAAGAAGAAGAAGAAGAAGAAGAAGACGUAGAGUAUGAAGUGAUUGAGGAAGUCAUUGAAGAAGAAGAAGCUGUAGAUGGUACAGAUGGAGAGGAAAUUAUAGAGGAGAUCAUUGAGGAAAUUGUCGAAGAGGUUUAUGAGGGGGAUGAAGUGGAUGAAGCGAAUGAAAAGGAAAAAGGGGAAGAUGUGAAAGAUGUAGAAGAGGUGAAGUCACCUGUGAACACAGACAAACAUGAACAUAUAAACACACAUGAAGACACUAACACAGAAAAGGUAUCAGAAAACCAUACAGAUGACAAUCACCCUGUUUCAGACACAAAGGAGAAGAGUGAGAGCGUAGCGCCAAAACACAGCACGUCACAAGUUGAAGAGAAAGAGGAAAUUAAAACGACAGAUACUUUGCUUCCCAAAGAGGCUUCAGAGGAGCCAGAGAUAAAAGAAACCAAUGAUAAGCUCCCGCAGAAAGAAGAGAGAAAAAUUAACAAAUUAAAUAUUCCAAAGCUGGCAUUCAAUAAUAUAAAAAUGACAUCAAGACCCUCAGGAAAUGAGACGAACGUGGAGUCGACACUCGACAAAGUCCGCAACAACAACCCCUCUAUCGCUGAGGUUAACCUAAACAACAUAGAAAACAUUCCCAAAGAGAUGCUCUUGGACUAUGUCAACGCCUUGAAGAAGAACAGACACGUGAAAACCUUCAGUAUAGCAAACACCGGCGUUGAUGAAAACAUAGCUUUCAACCUGGCCAACAUGUUACGGGAGAAUCGCAGCAUUACGACUUUGAAUAUCGAGUCCAACUUCGUAACCGGAAAGGGCAUCGUUGCCAUCAUCCGCUGCCUCCAAUUCAAUGAGACUCUCACAGAGCUGCGUUUUCACAACCAGAGGCACAUGUUGGGUCACCACGCAGAGAUGGAGAUCUCACGCCUGCUCAAGGCCAACAACACCCUGCUUAAGAUGGGCUACCACUUUGAGCAGCCGGGGCCCAGGAUGGUGGUGACCAACCUUUUAACCAGGAAUCUGGACCACCACAGGCAGCUGAGGAAGGAGGAUCAGAGGCAGCAGCAAGUAAAGGAGCAGAAGGAGAUGAUGCAGAUGUAUGAGAACAGUCUAAACCUGCCUCCUGGUCUACUUCAGAGGCUCGGGUACAUACCGUCUCUAGAACUCCUGCAGGAGCACGGGUUCAUCCCACCCUCAUCAGAACUGAGCAUUGUACCUCAAACACACCCCCGGGCAGAACAGCCAGAGCCUCAGAAGCAGGUCAAACACAACAGCACUCCCAAACAACCCAGUGCCGAACCGACAAACACAUUGAGGGACGUCCGGCUGAAGAGGACUCCCAAGAAACGUGACCCUUUUCUGGACCUGGACCCCAGGGAUAACAAGAGACCGGAGCCGGCAAGCUUCCAACUAAGGAAGACUUCCAGAGUGAAGGAUGUAGGCGGUGGAGAGGUGACAGAUGAAAGAGCAAACCUGACUGACGUGAUUAAGACUUUGAAGCCCGUCCCUCGCAGACGAGAGCCAGCUAAGAUUAACUCCACACCCCGUGAUCAUCUCCUAACUGAGAUCAAAAAGAGCAAUAUUGCCUAUCUAAAAAAUGUGCCACUCCCUAAAGUCCUGGAAUCAAGUGAAACGAGUCUCCUCUGAGGCAACUUCAGCUGAUUGUUUUCUUCACCAUACAUAUGUUUAUUUUACAUAUAUUCUCAAAACAACUGUGCAAAACAAGAGUGAAGAAUACCUUCAUUACACUUACGUCUUUAGGCAGUUGUAACAAAGGUAUAAUGCAUUAAGAACUCCUUAUGUUCAAUUUACAUAUGCUAUUGCCAUUGCUCAAAUAUAACAUGUUGUGAUCAAAUAGAUUUUCAGAGUAGGUUUGUUUGAUUAUAUGUUAGAUGAUUUAUUUAGGAGCACGCUUGUUUGAUAUAUUUGCAUUUUGCUAUACAAAAAAAUCUUCCACUCUUUUCAGGGGUUUCUCUUUCCUUCCUUCUUCUUUUAUUCUUUAUUAAAGUGCAAUAAAUCUGUGUCAAAGUAGA